CUGACGCGGAGGGCGAGCGCUGUGACUGAGGGCCAGCGGGGGGGCUGGAUGGCCGGCGGCGGCGGCGGGCGAGACCCUCCGGGGCUGAGCUUCAGCAUCGAGAACCUGCUGUUCGACAGGGGCGCCGGGAGGGCAGAGCCGCCGCCCCCUGGUCCUGAGCCCCUCUCGGACGGGGACGCCCCCAGACCGCAGAGCAGGGGGGCCCCCGGGGGAGAGGCGGGCGAGGGUGAAGAGGAAGGGGGCGCAGAGCGGGGAGGAAGCAGCUCGGACGGCCCCCAGGACAAACCCGGCCAGUCCUACAUUGCUCUCAUCUCCACGGCCAUCCUGGCCUCCCGGGACAAGAAGCUGCUGCUCUGCGAUAUCUACCAGUGGAUCAUGGACAACUACCCCUACUUCAAGAGCAAGGAUAAGAACUGGCGGAACAGCGUGCGGCACAACCUGUCCCUGAACGAGUGCUUCGUCAAGGCGGGGCGGAGCGACAGCGGGAAGGGGCACUACUGGGCCAUCCACCCCGCCAACUACCAGGACUUCUCCAAGGGCGACUACCACCGGCGCCGCGCCCGGCGACGCAUCCGCAGGGUGGCGGGGCAACUGGCCUGCCCCCUCCUGCCCCCUGCCUACCUCCCACACCGGCCAGGGGCGACCCCCUGCUGGUGCUGCCCGCCCCCCUACCUCCCCUGCCUCCCGGCCAGAGUGUACUGGAGCUGGGCGGCCCUGCCUGCACCCCCGGGAUUAUUAGCCCCUAAGGCAGCCGGUCCCCACAUUCUCUACCCCCCCUCGUCCCCGCCCCCGCCGCCACCCCUGGGAGACGAGAAUACCUGCCGCGACGCCGCCCCUAGCGGCCGCCCGGAGUAUGACCAGCUCGGUCUCCGUUACCCGCUAUGGGCCCGAGACAGACAGCGGCUCCUUCCCGGCAAGCAGCGCAGGACAGACUCAGGGGAUGGCUGGAGAGCUGCACCCGCGCAAGCACAACCGCCCAGCACAGUGCGGCAGCGCGAUCCUUAA